AUAGGCCUAGCCUACUUGUCGGUGCAAUCAGCUGAAGGCUUUCCAAACCACGACAGAUAGGCUGAUCUAAAUGAGAUUGGAUGAUGAAAUAUUAAACUCAGCAAACAGAUGUCGGAUUAGUCCUCAGCAUCGUUGAUUUUACCAAGCGGUUGUUUGACAGCUUCGGACGCUGCAGUCGCAGCAUUUUAAAUUCCGUUUCAAAUCCGUUUUUCUGAAGCUUGGCGUGCUUGCAUGAGUGGAGAGCAAUGGUUAUGAAGACUCCACAUGUGACCCAUCAGCAAGCCAGCGGCCUCCUCCACAACAAAUUUGUUGUUGUUCUGGGUAGCUCAUUUCAGCGUGGGGUAUAUAAAGACCUCGUGCUGCUAUUACAGAAAGACAGCUACCUGUCCCAGUCUCAACUCAAGACCAAGGGAGAGGAGCAUUUUGAGAAUGACGAUCUUCUUGAGGGUGGCAGGAAAGGACGGAUGUCCAAUGGCACUCAGUACAAGGAGGUCAGAGAGUACACUUCAGACCACCACCUUGUACGCUUCUAUUUUAUCACUCGUGUUUAUUCUGAGUAUAUGCGGAGAGUUUUGGAAGACUUUGAAAAUGGUCUCAAACCCGACUUGGUCAUCGUCAACUCUUGUGUGUGGGACGUCUCCAGAUAUGGACGACGGUGGGAGCCCGACUACUUGAACAAUCUGACCACAUUUUUUGAGAGGCUGAGAGCCAUCCUCCCAGAGGAGGCUUUGAUCAUCUGGAACCUCACCAUGCCACUGGGUGAAACCAUUAUUGGAGGCUUUUUGGUGCCAGAGGUAGCAGAGAUUGGCCCGUCGCUGCGUUUUGACAUCAUCGAGGCCAACUACUGCAGCGCCAAGCUGGCCAGUGUGUACGGCCUGGACGUGCUGGACCUGCACUUCCAGUUCCGCUUCAGCCUGCAGCACCGGAUGAGGGACGGGGUGCACUGGAACGCUGUGGCCCAUCGCCGGGUCACCUGCCUGCUGCUGGCGCAGAUCGCCGACGCCUGGGGUGUUGAACUGCCACCAUCACAGCCCCCAAAAGGUCUCAAUCAGAGCUUUAGCAGCGAAGAUCUAACCACCAAGGCCAUGUCCCGGCAGCCAAGGAAUGUCCACAUACCAGUCCCUAGAUGGCGACUCCAGGAGAGGAGGCCUGACUGCUACCUAUUGCCUGAUGGGCCCUGGAAGGGUCAGCAAGGCUAUGGAGGUGACCGUUGA